AGCAAGUAAAACAACCCCCGAACAACUUGUCCCAAGCUGAAAAUCAAAUUUGAAAUUUUAUUGCGAGUUACAUUAAUGCUCCCAAGAAGAACAUAUGCUAGGUUUACCUUUUAUUGCCGCGGGUGCAUUUUUACACCCCGGGAAGUCAAAUUUUUUAUGCCAAAAACCCGACGCGUUGAAGCCGUAAUCUUACUUGAGCUGUAGAGUAGUUGUUCAGGUAGCACCCCGUCGUCAAGCUAGCCCGCGAUGGCAGAUUCGAGUUCCAUGAUACCGCUGGCGGUGGUAAACAAGAAGACCGGGACCACCAAGAUCCUGCACACCGCCGACGCCGAGCGCGUGAUCGGCCAGCAGCUGCAAGCGGCCAAGGCGACCGUGGCGAUCUCUUCGCAAGGCCCGGUGGCGCACGCGCCCACGUUUCCGAAGGACAAGCUGCCGCAUGGGAACCACAUCAUUCACGCGAAGGCGCAUAACCGCACCCCGCGGUCCGCGAGCCCGGUGGCCGUGUUCUACAAAAGUUCCGCGGAUGCCCGCCGCGCCUCCACACGCUCUCCGACCGCGAGUCGGCGGAACACCACGGUCCCCCGCGAAUUGCGAGGACUGUAUAAGGACGCGGAAGCGCUCGGCGGGCACCCGGGCGCGGAAGCGGGCUGCAUCGAGUCCAUUUGCGGCAGCCCCGCGCAGUCGCGGUCCGGGUCGCCGAAACGGGGGGUGGCCUUCGACACGGACGAAUCGGGCAAGGACUCGCCGACUGCGUACACGCGGAAGAUGAAGGCGCCGCCGCCGCCCUACCUCGCGGCCGAGCGGACCCCUGAUCGCACGCCGCUGGAGAAGGAGAAGGAGGUGCGGUGGCUGCGCAACGAGGCGCCGCACCGCCCGCUGACGCGGCCGCGGCGCGUGAACAGCAUCGAGGGGUUGACCAACCCCAAGCACGCCCAGAACACCGGGAAGGUGCCGAAGCCCGACCGGCUCAUCGAGGACCCGAACGCGAUCAAGGAUCCGGAAGUGAUCGAGGGGCCCUUGCUGCAACCGAAGGUGGAAAUCGAUUGGAUGAAGCAAUUCCAGGCUACCAUGGACAUGCAGGCGGCCAUGAAGGCGGUGGAGCAGCACGAGAACGAGUUGUGGCAGAAGCACAAGGAGAUCGCGAGUCGGGUGCAGUUUGAGAACGCCAAGGACGUCCUUGCCAUUGACCGCAAGCUCGAAGACCCCUGUCCCGGCAUGGACCGCCCGAAUAUCAUCGCGCCGAGACUCUUGUAUGAAGCGCCCGCAGUGCUGCCGAAGGCGGACGAGAUAUACAGAAAGACCAAGGCGCUGUGUCGACCAGGUAUGUUUUGGAUUUGUAGCAGGAGUAGUAGUUUCAGAAUUUGUAUCUUUUUCAUCGAGCGUUUUUUUCUUGUGCUUUUGUUGUCUUGCUUGUGGAGUUGCUGUUUAAAAAGUCGCGACUGCAAGGUGGUACGCAACAUCUGUAAAAUCAUCUUGAAAUCAUCAAAAACAGCGGGAUCGUCGCGGUCGGUUAGCCCGACACGUUCGGUGUCGCCGGAUGGGUUGGCCGCGUCUCAGCCUGCAGCCGCCGCGCCAGUUGUAGUCAUGCCUCCUACAACACCGGGCGCGGCUGCAGUGGUCCAAGAACAAGCUGCCUCGGCGCAGAGUCCUUCACCGGCAUUCAAGCCGUCUCCGCCGGAGCCUGGUGUGGGCGAUAAAGAUGCACAAGCCUCGAAGUCCGCUUCCAAGAGCGCUCUGGACACCGCGGACCGCAAGAUCGACGAGCUGCUGCGCAGUGUACCCUUUGAGCAGCUGCCCGCGGGCGUGGAGAGCGAGGUGCGGUGGCACCUGGACAGUUUGAAGCAAAAGCUGUCGUCCUCGAAGGAGGCGACGGCAGGACUGGAGCCGGGUUCGGCCUUCGAGGGAGCGGAGUUGCGGGUCACGUUUGACACGACGCUCGAGGAGGACAACAAGGAGUUUGGGUUCAAGGAGAAGGCCGACGGCACCUGGGACCGCAAAGACGUCGCGUCCAAGGACAGCAUCAGCGCCAAGCAACUGCAGAAGGCGGGGCAGUUCGACGCGAAGCCUUCGCUGUUCAAGCUUGAGCCGCUGUUCAACCCCGGGGUGCGGACCGACUUGACCCUGGACGCAAAGGUCCGGAAACAGCGCGAGCGCCAGACGGUGCGCAAGUUCAAGAACGCCAUGGCCUUUUUCGACCACGCUUUGGGCAUGGAGGUGCAUACCACAUCCGAGUCGGAGCAGGAAGAGCUGUCGCAGGACGAGGGCUACGAGUCGACCGGGGACGGUGCAGCGGCGCAAAAGAAGAGGUCGAAGUCAAAAUCGAAAGAGCACCACAAGCACCACCACAACCCCUUCCUGGCGGCCGCGGCCAGUCACGAGGACGACUUGGCCAAGCGCGUCCAGGUGCUGCAGCAGAAGAAGAAGGAGAAAAAGGAGGAGGAGCGGAAGCGCCUGGAGCUGUUCGAGAAGUCGAAGCUGAAGAAAAAGGACCAAAUCAUCGACCCGAAGCGCUUCGUGCCGCCCGCGGAAGUGAAGGUCGACAAGCAGGCCGAGCAGCGCAUCAAGUCGGCCAGUCUCAGUCCCGACAUCGGGCCGCGGCUCACGGGCAAGUCCCAAGUCGUGAUCCAACAGGCCGUGAACCCGAAGCAGGCGGUCUCCUACGACGUGAAAAGCAUCGAAGCGCCGGAACUCGCCGUAGACUACAUGGACCCAAUCCCAAAGCCGGAGUUAUCGAAGAAGAACUACGAGUUUGAGGCGCGGAGCCGCCUUGGCGACGGGCGCAACGCGGUGCUGCGCGAGACAGAGUUCCAGAUCACGUCGCCGGUCACGCCGGGCACUGAUUUCCUGGGCAAGAAAAUCCAGCCACCGAACCUGAACAUUACCAGCUUUAUGGAGGAGCAGAACCGAAAGUCCAAGUUCGCAUCAAGCAGUGGAGGAACGCAGCGCGCCGCCUCGUUGUCGCCGAACGCGCGGGCAACGCAGAAGGAUUUUGCGCGAGCGAAUUCGAUGCAGAACCGCGCGACGAUGCAGUUCUACGGCGAGGAGACGCUGGAGGACGAAAUUAUCAUGGACGACGAGAUGGAGGCUGCAGCCCUGCGCAUCCAAAGCAUCAAGCGCGGAAAGCAGGCGCGGCGCGAGGUCGAAGCCAAGCGGCGGCAAAGUGUCGAGGAAAAAGAGGCCGCGGUCCGUAUCCAGGCCGUGCACCGCGGAAAGCAAACCCGGCGGAGCAUGCGGGAGGAGCGGGAGGCCGCAACCAAGGUGCAGGCCAUACAUCGCGGCCGCGCGACGCGGAGGCAGAUGGCUCAGCGCGGCGGGGGCAUGACGCGCGAGGACGACUACUACGACGACCGCGACGACUUCAACGAAGACGGCAGCCCGAAAAUGGUGCUGGGUCGAUUCAGCGUGUCGGCGAACAACAUGGAACAGCAUCUCAGCCGCGUGAAGGCGGGUCGUAUCAACUUCGACGUGCGGGCUCAUGACCCGGUCCCGCUCAAUCGAAAAAUGGGAGCGGCGCCCGCGUUUCAACAUCAGUCUCCGACGGCGCAGCAGUCGUUGUCCCCACCCAGGCAACUGAUCCCCGGCGCGGUCGGUUCCCCGAGCGGUAGGCCGGAGCUGCGCACGAACGUGAGGACCAACCCGCCGAAACUGCAGCCGUCGGAGCUCGGCGGCAAGAAGUUGUUCGGGAAGAUGCCGACGGUCGAGGACUUUAUGCCUAACGCCGACCAGCGCGAGAACGCGCGGCUCAGUGCGCAUUUGGACGACACUUUGAGUGAGGCAAGACAGCUCCUGGACAUGGUGAAAAAGCUGGAGAAGGAAAAACGAAUGACGGACGAGGAAAAGCGUCAAGCACGGGAGCUAGCAAGGCAGCAGGAGCAGCUGGCGGAGCAGCUUGCGAGGCAGCAGGAGCUGAAGCGCUAUUCGCUGGAGGUACCGGAAACCUUGCAGAACCCGGAGAAGGCGCUGCCGCCUGGCAUCGUCGCGCCCGGCCAGGAGGCCGCUGCGACGGCGUCGCAAGAAAAGGUGCCUGGCUCCCCGACGAGCUCGAAGGCCAGUAGCCGUGGCAUGCGAAAGCCGCGAUCGCAGCGGUCGGUUUCGCUGCCGCCCGAGAUCCGCACGAGCGGGAUCGCCGCGGACGACGACGAAAAUGUCGCUCCCGACGGAAAGGCGGCGUCCCCGAAGCGUACCAGCACGCGGCCACCAGUGGGAACAAGGGCCGCGUCCCUGUCUCCGCCAAAUGUGCAGCUCCGCCAAAGCAUCUCCCUGUCUCCGCAGCUCUCCCCGGAUCCCCAGCGGGGGCGCGAGUCGCAGGUGCCGCAGAGCCGCUUCUCACUACCCAAGGGACCAACGGCAGCAAAAGCUCCCUUGCCUGCCGACGGGCAGUUGCAAAUGCCGGUGCUGGACUUGAGCCAGGCCAUGAACUUCGGCGCGGCCGCCCCGGAGCCACCACCCGCCGGUCCAAAGAAGACAGAAACGGAGCACCUUUCCACCACCGUAAUCUCAGCGUUUACGCUCCCGGAGCAAACACCGCUGCGGGAAGUGCUGAAGCCGCCGAAAGAGAAGCAGAUUCUUUCCCCGGAAGAUCUGGCUGCGCAGCGCGUUGUCGCGCCGCCGCAGUUGAUUGCGGGCGGGGUGUCUGCGUUCGGUGGACCCGCGGGCCGCAAGGUAAAGCUGCUAUUUCAGGUGAAGAAGGCCGACGGCGCGCCGGGACCGGGCCCCGAAGACGUCGAGGCGGAGAAGCUGCUGAAUCAGCUGAAACAGGCGGACGUCGCCGGGUCCGUGAUGCUGCCCGGCCAGGGCAGCAAGUCGCACGGGCGGCUGAAGGGCAUGAUGUCGAAGGCGAUCAACCAGGCCCUGGAGAACUCGCAGGUCUCGCAGCGGAAAAAGAUCGAGACGGCGAAGAAGCUGGCGGGCAAGAACCCGGUUCUCCUCGACUACGUGAUUCAGUACGAGGCGGGCGAGGAGGCCGAGCGCCGCAUCGAGGCCGCGAAGCCGAUCGUGGCCGAGGUUGGCACGCAGAUGCGGUUCGAAGCGCCACACUCCAGCCGCCCCAAGCCGGUGCGGUCCUCCGGCACGGGCGUGCCGGUCGUGCCCUCGGUGUACGGCCGGUCCGAGAUGCGCGUGCAAGCGGGUGCGAGCUACCUGGCGACCUCCUCCGAGAAGAUCGUGCAGGCCAAUCCGGAGAUGCGGGAAAACUUCACGGACUCGAUCCUGCCGGAUUUGUUUCACGACAAGGCUGUCUCCACGGAGCUGCUGCUCGACGAAGAGGCGGAGGACCCCACCGAGGGCAUGACGCACGGCGAGAAGGCGGUGUACGCGAUCGUGAACACGUUCGUGCGCAAGACCAAGAACUCGCUGCUCGAGAUGGAGGGGAUCAAGCUGCAGUCGAAGGAGAUGGGCGGCCCGGGCGCGAAUUCCGACGAGGAAAACGAUGGUCUCGACGGCCCCGGCCCGCCGCGGGGGGAUUUCGGCAGUUUCGAGGCCAGCUCGGGCGGGAAGCAGGACACCUCGGCCUGGGCCCAAUUUGGUCGGGACUCCGAGCACCUGGUCGGCAAGACGCAGGACGAAAUCAACCGCGCCAGUGCGGGCAAUAUCACGAUCGACGCAAAGAAGGCCAAGCAGGAGGAGCUCGCGAAGGCGACGCCAAUCGAGCGGUAUUCCGCCCAGAACGCCGGGGCGUCCAUCUUCGGAAAGAGCGACUGGACCGCGAAGCUGCUGCCCGCGGGGCAGAAGCGGAACAGCAUCGACGUGGGAACCUGGGCGCAGAUGGAGGUCUUGCCCGGGUUCGAACAGGCGGACCAGUUCAUCGGGGCGGAUGGCCAGGUCCUGCAGAUUUCUGAUGCCGCGAUCGCGCCGCCGUGCUUCCACUCCAAGCUAUUCCGGGAUUCGCACACGGACAUCUUCGAGCAGCAGAAGGACUUGCUUAAGCGGUUAAAAGAAGAGGACGGCGAGUCUGUCGGAGAGGAGGAGGAGCCGGACCGCGUCACGGAGGCCGCGGUGUCCGAGGCGCCGCCGCUCUCCGCCGCGCCCUCCACGCCGAAGCCGCCCAGCUCCGCCCACAGCAGCUCCAGCCCCAAGCUGUGGAAGCAGCUGCGAGCGUCGCAGGCCAACAAGGCGGCGAAGCAGGAGGAGUGGAAGGCCAUGAUCGCGGAUCUGAAGACCGAGGAGAUGAACGAGAAGAAGGCCAUUCCCUCCGGCCGCGAGUCCGUCACGCUGAAGGAGGGCAGCAAGUGGAAGACCAUGAAGAAGAGCUUCAUGAUGACCAAGGCGGUGGCCGCGGUCACGCAGAAAAAGGCCUCGCACUUCGAGGUGUGGGACCUGGUGCAGGAGCGGCUGAAGAAGUUGCAAAAGGCCGGGGACCUGAACCCGGAACUGAAGGCCAAGCUGGAUGCGCUGGAAAACAAGACGCAGGCGGAGUCGAAGAAGCUGGAGCUGCUGGAGUUCGGGGCGAACGACGAAGCGGAGAAGAAGGUGCAGUCGCUGGUGGGCAAGGGCACCAAGGAGGAGCGGCAGGUCAAGUUCGCGAACCUGCAGACGGAGCUGCAGUCGCUGAGCUCGUUGGCCGCGGGUGUGACUACGCUGAACGACGCGGAAGCCAUCGAGGAGAAGCGCAAGAAGGAGGAGCGGAAAAAGCAGGAGGAGGAGCGCGCCAAGAAGCUGCAGGAGUUCAUGACGCAGGCCGUCACGGAGACCACGGAGGUCGUGGACGUGGACGCGCCGCUGGAGGAGAUCGAGCAGAUCGCGGAGGCGGAGCUCGUACCGGAGGGCGCGCCGCCGGUCAAGAAAAAUGUGGACCUGACCCCCCAGGAGCGCGAGUCUGCGAUUGAAGAGGUCGGGAAGACGAACAAGGCCAUGCUUUUGCUGAUGGGCGGCGGGGGUGGUGCGGCGAGCAAGGCCGCCAGCAGCAAGGCGUCUCUCGCACCCUCCGAGCCGGUGGGAACCGCCGAGGAGGUGCAGAAGGCGAAGGAGCUCGCGUCGAAGAUGGAUCUGAACAAUCCGAACCGCGCCGUGGACAACAUCUCCAAGCUGAAGAACAAGCUGCGGCUGGAGCGCGUGAAGAACAAGACGCAGGGGUUCAGCAUUCUGGCGAAGCUGAAGGCUGCGACUAAGGCCGAGAAGGAGAAAAAGGAGAAAGCCGUGCAGGAGGCAAGAGACAAGGAGGAGGAAAUCCGGAAGCACAACAGCUGGAGCGGUGGCAAGCCGCUGGACGCCACGGGCCGCAGCAGCAACAACGCGUCCCCGUUGUCCAGGAUCACGGACCACCCGGAGCCCACGCGAAUCAUCCCGAAGGCGGAGCGCGCCGCGCGGAUCGAAACGACGCAGAAGAUGCGCGCGCUGCUCGGCCCCAGCGAAAAGCAGACGGAGAGCGAGAAGCUGCAGGCCAGUAGUGCCGCGAAUAAAACGGACGCGGCGGACCUGGCAAAUGUGAACAAUUUGUUUGCAGCUGCUGCGGGGGCUGGCAAAGACGCAAGUGCUGGCUCUAGCAGUGCUCCUAAAGGAGCUGCAGUCGUUCUACCAACGGACAAGUACACGACGCCACGAUCCGGGCGCACUUCGCAAUUGAAGCAGACGCAGCCGUUCGCGCUCUACAAGGAGCCGCAGAGCCGCGGAAGUUCGGGCGAGCGGAUGAACACUAGUGGGGCAACGCUUGCGGGUAGUCCGAGCACUGUUAUCGAUCUGAGUUUGAUAAAGAUGUCCGAAAACUCCUUCGGUGUGAACAGCACGUGGGGACUCAGCACAGGUCCGCUGCCAGACGGUGAGAAAGAAAAUUCGCCGGAAAAUCAGGAACGAGUGGUGGAGGUCACGCCGAAGAGCGGAGCUGCCCCGUUGAUCGCUGAUUCUGUUCGCAUGAUGCCGGCCCUUCCUCAGGAUGAGGCCAAUUCUGAGUUGAAGAACGAAGAAGACAGGAGUGCGACAAAGGAUAUUGCCAUCGGCGUCGGAGCUGAAGAACCGGAAGUGCAAGCGGGUGCAGGUGCAUCAGUGUCACUGGCUGCAGCAAUAGUAGAAAAAGGGGGCGCAGGAGCUGCAGCUGCAGCUGCGCCGUCAGAAAGAACCAAAAACGGGGAUCAAAACGUGUGGAACUCGGAUAGUGAUGCGAACGGCCCGGUGAAGCACACCGUCCCGGCGCACCAGGAUCCCAAAAUUCAGCAAAAAGUUGCAAAACUUAGACAAGCGUUGCCCGGGGCUGGCGCUGCGUCAAGCUCUUCCCGAAAUUUAGUUGCGGUGGACAACAAGAUCACGACUUCGUCGAGAACGCCAAAACAGGCCCCACCGUCCAGUAACCGCUUGUUGAGGAAGAUCCGGGACAAUGGCAACGCCGUGGAACAAAGCGGCCGAGGCGUGUUGCCGAAGAACACCACGAGUAGCCGCGGCAUCCGCCCAAAAACAGACUCCACCCGGCGGCACAGCUCCAAGAGCUCCGAGAGACGGUCGCAACGAAGAACCAUGCACACGGAGAAGGAACUCCAGGAGGCAGAGAUGAAACAACACCUCGAAGCUGCCGCGACAUCGCCGUUUAUUACGUCGACAGACUCAAAUAUUGUCCCACCGAGAGAUGAAAUAGCCCCUGAGCCGAUAAUAGCUCCCGGGACUCCACCGCUCUCCGCGAAAGACGUGGAAAAGGAAAUAACAGUAGCUGUCGCUGAAGAGGAACCGCCAAAGCUGUCGCCAUUAGGCCAAAUAGCGAUGUUCUACCAAGAGGAUGACUGGGUCGACCCCUUGCCGGAGGCGAUAGUGGAUCCCGACGCUACGGUAAGUAGCGUCAUGGCACAGCUAGAAAGAUUAGAACGGGAGUUAACCACCACUCUAAUACAGGGCCCAGGAUCGAUGAUUAUGCCAGCAUCCUGGACGCUCUGAUGCACUAGAAAUUAAGCAUUUUAGAAAUAUUUCACAAGACCCUUUUUUUUUGCGUAGAGUUUUUCUCUAUUCGUACAUCCCUAUUCGAAUGGAUCUUUACCCUGCAAAUUGCAAUGAAUUGAUACUUGAACUAGAUAAAGUUUCCCUACAAGAAGAACGACCCCUGAAAAUUUUGGCUGAUCUAUACCACCACGUAAAAAACGGCUAAGCGAAACUACAGUAAGUAUGUACGAAUCCGUUUCGAUAAGAAAUACAAGAUCAGAG